AUGGCAAUGUGGUGGUGGGGUUGGCUGUGCCCCUCGCUACGCGCUAGCAGGGCUGAACCCGACCAGCCGACAGACUCCGAAAAAGAUGCAUCAGACUUGGUCUUUUUCGACACUCUUACACGCUGCAUGAAGCGGUCUCGUUGGAUCGAAACUAUCACCCGUGUGCUAGACUGCACACAAUGUUUCCCUGCUAAUGCUGCUAGAAAGCACGACAUAACAUGGCUGCAUGUCGACAUGGCAGUGGCUGACCCGAAUAAAACCCCUUUGGAGACUCCCGCGUGGACAACAUGUGUUGAUUUUUGGCCAUCCCGUAGAGCAUGUCCAAACAACGCCUUGGCGCAUACGUCAAGUGGCUUCCCUGAAAAACGGGAGAUGUUCGUUCUUGUCGUGUGA